UUUUCUUUUCUUUUCUUUUCUUUUCUUUAUAAAUUGAUAGGAAUGGUUCUGUAUUAUUCUGCUAAGAUAAAUGAAGCCUGGAGACCCCCAUCCACUUGGGAUACAGGAGGCAGGGAGAGUUGGUUAAAUCCUGUGAUAAACGUCCAGAAUCCUCUCUGCCCCCCCCCACCCCCCAUGGUUUGAGAAUGCAAGCUUGUUCAUCUUAGAUAUUAUAUUUACAGCUCCAUCCCUCUCCUUGGCCAUUUCUUUAUGCUUAGGGUAAAAUCAAGCCACAGGUUUAUUGGUACUGACGACAUUAUAGCAAGGGGCUUUAAUUUGGGGGUAGAGGAGGGGGUGUGCUCCUGUGGCCCCCUCAUCCCUCAGCAGUCCUCCAAAUCUGAAAAUAGGAAGAGCCAGGCUAAUAAUAGAGAGCAAAGAAAUGGUAGUUUCCUUGAGCUCUGAUGAGACUGGUUGGGAAAGAUAUCUUAGCCUGCUGGCUCUCUGUACUGUACUGGAUGGGGCUUUUUGUCAUGGUUUUAGUUAAACCCCUGUAUCACUCAGGGAUACUAACUUGGCCCCUGGGGAUUUUCCCUUCUUCCUAGUAGUUGUAGACAAAUACCCUAAUCCCCCUCCCAGCACAGGGCCCUGAUGGGCUUAUUGUGUUGCAUUAUGCUAGUCACUUGCCCUGUGUCUGAGACUCCCGUCCCACAGGCCUGGCCUCUGUCUGCCUUCACCGGUGAGGAGCUGAGAGGUGGCUUACUUGUUGAUGAGUCUUCAGGUCUAGGGGUCUGCAAAGCCCUUGAAAGCGUUUGCGGACUUUUGUGUGUAGGCCGGUGUGUGUUUUUUCGGGGGGGGUGGGUGGAGAAUCCCUAACUUUCAUUAGGGUUUCAAAGACGUCCCUGACCCCUGGCUUUCAGCGGCCCUGUCUUUAUGGGCAGGGCCUUCCCUAACAUAGAACCUACCCCCAGGUCUUUGGGAAGUCUCCAUGCCUCUGGAUGUUAGAGGUGGAGAGGAUUCAGAACACUUACCGACCAGCUGCCCGGAGGCCCAGGUUCUGCGGCCAGCCCGCUGUGUGACCUUGGCCGAGUCCAGCAGCUGGACAUGGAGACUCAACGCUCCUCACCUCUGUCCUUCCCCAGUGUUCUGCAAGAAGAGACCCCACGUCAGGCCCCUGCUGGACCCCCCCGAGAAACUCUGUUCCAAUCGCGUGUUCUUCCCCCCAAAGAAAUUCCUUCUUCGUCUCCCCCCAUUCCCCGACAAGCCUCCCUGCCCCAAACUCCCAAGCUAGAGACCUCUGGCCGAAUGCCACACGUUCUCCAGAAGGGACCCUCACUCCUGUAUCCUGCCGCUUCUGAGCAAGAGACUCGUCUCCAGGGUCGCCCGGCUUCUCAAGAAGAGACCCAGUAUCCACCCCCAGCUGCUGCUGAACAAGAAAUAUCACUUCUGUCCCACUCCACCCCCCACCAAGAAGCCCUCCUCCACUCGCCUGAAGUUCCUGAGAAAGACCCCCUGACCCUGUCCCCCACAGUUCCCGAGACCGACAUGGACCCCCUGCUUCAGAGCCCAGUUUCCCAAAAAGACACCCCCUUCCAGAUCUCUUCGGCAGCCCAGAAGGACACACCGCUCCCGACAGCGGAGAUCACCCGCUUGGCCGUGUGGGCUGCCGUCCAGGCCGUGGAGAGGAAACUGGAGGCCCAGGCCAUGCGGCUCCUGACCCUGGAGGGGCGGACGGGGACGGCCGAGAAGAAGCUGGCGGACUGCGAGAAGACGGCCGUGGAGUUUGCAAACCAUCUGGAGAGCAAGUGGGUCGUGCUGGGGACCCUGCUGCAGGAGUACGGGCUGCUGCAGAGGCGGCUGGAGAACAUGGAGAACCUGCUGAAAAACCGAAAUUUCUGGAUCCUGCGGCUGCCACCAGGCAGCAACGGAGAAGUUCCCAAGGUCCCUGUCACCUUCGAUGAUGUCGCCGUCCAUUUCUCAGAGCAGGAGUGGGGGAACCUGUCGGAGUGGCAGAAGGAGCUCUACAAGAACGUGAUGAGGGGCAACUACGAGUCUCUGGUUUCUAUGGACUAUGCAAUUUCCAAACCAGACCUCAUGUCGCAGAUGGAGCGUGGGGAGAGGCCGACCAUGCAGGAACAAGAGGACUCCGAGGAAGGCGAGACGCCCGCGGAUCCCAGUGCUGCACACGACGGGAUCGUGAUUAAGAUCGAGGUGCAGACCAACGAUGAGGGCUCAGAAAGUUUGGAGACGCCGGAGCCCCUGAUGGGACAGGUGGAGGAGCAUGGCUUUCAGGACUCUGAGCUGGGCGACCCGUGUGCGGAGCAGCCAGACUUGGACAUGCAAGAACAGGACAAUACCCUGGAAGAGUCCACCGAAGGCUCCAGCGAGUUCAGCGAACUCAAACAGAUGCUGGUGCAGCAGAGAAACUGCGCAGAGGGGAUCGUGAUCAAAACCGAGGAGCAGGAGGAGGAGGAGGAAGAGGAGGAGGAGGACGAGCUGCCUCAGCACCUGCAGGCCCUCGGGCAGCUGUCGGGGCGCUACGAGGCCGGCAUGUACCAGACCCCGCUGCCCGGGGAGCUGUCCCCCGAGGGCGAGGAGAGCCCCCCGCCGCUGCAGCUGGGCAAGCCGGCCGUGAAGAGGCUGGCGCCGCCGACGCACGGGGAGCGGCACCCGGGCGACAACCGCGGCUCCUCGAGCCAGCAGCAGCGGAACCGGCGCGGCGAGCGGCCCUUCACCUGCAUGGAGUGCGGCAAGAGCUUCCGGCUGAAGAUCAACCUCAUCAUCCACCAGCGCAACCACAUCAAGGAGGGGCCGUACGAGUGCGCCGAGUGCGAGAUCAGCUUCCGCCACAAGCAGCAGCUCACGCUUCACCAGCGCAUCCACCGCGUCCGCGGCGGCUACGCGUCCCCCGAGCGCGGGCCCGGCUUCGCCCCCAAGCACACGCUCAAGCCGCGCCCCAAGUCGCCCAGCUCGGGCAGCGGCGGCGGCGGCCCCAAGCCCUACAAGUGCCCCGAGUGCGACAGCAGCUUCAGCCACAAGUCGAGCCUGACCAAGCACCAGAUCACGCACACGGGCGAGCGGCCCUACACGUGCCCCGAGUGCAAGAAGAGCUUCCGCCUGCACAUCAGCCUGGUGAUCCACCAGCGCGUGCACGCGGGCAAGCACGAGGUCUCCUUCAUCUGCAGCCUGUGCGGCAAGAGCUUCAGCCGCCCGUCGCACCUGCUGCGCCACCAGCGGACUCACACGGGCGAGCGGCCCUUCAAGUGCCCCGAGUGCGAGAAGAGCUUCAGCGAGAAGUCCAAGCUCACCAACCACUGCCGCGUGCACUCGCGCGAGCGCCCGCACGCCUGCCCCGAGUGCGGCAAGAGCUUCAUCCGCAAGCACCACCUGCUCGAGCACCGGCGCAUCCACACGGGCGAGCGGCCCUACCACUGCGCCGAGUGCGGCAAGCGCUUCACGCAGAAGCACCACCUGCUGGAGCACCAGCGCGCGCACACGGGCGAGCGGCCCUACCCCUGCACGCACUGCGCCAAGUGCUUCCGCUACAAGCAGUCGCUCAAGUACCACCUGCGGACCCACACGGGCGAGUGAGCGCGCCCGCCGCCGCGCCGCCCGGCCAGGUGCGCCGCCAGCUGCGCGGCCCCGGCCCGCCCCGGACACCU